AUGAAAUAUAUAAAGUCAUCCAUAAAGAGAAAUAAAUUUAGAUUAUGGUUAAAGAGUAAAAGCCCAUUUCCAUGGAUUAUAAUAUUUUCAUUAAUUGCAAAUGUGCCAAUACUAUUAUCAAUGUUAAUAUUGGUACCAAUGAGAUGGUCAAAUCAAUGUAGUUAUCUAUCAGGAUUUUUGGUAUUGUACAUGGGAGUAUUUGCAAUCAAUCUAUUAUAUUCCUUUUAUUUCCAUAAAACUAUGAAACAGAAACGUCCUCGUUCAUGUAUCACUGUUGCCGAGGAUUGUGGAUUAUCAUCGUUUUUCCUCUUUACCUCAUUAUCAAUUAUAUUAUUUAUUAUUUGUGAAUUCCUGAGACGUGGUACUGAAUUUUCUCAAUGUUAUCAAACCAAUAGUGGUAUUUAUCAUUUGUUAAGAGGUGCACAAGGAAUGGAUAUAUUCUUUUUGGUUGGAUUCCAUAUCAUCAGUUUCCUAAAUGUAUGUUGUAGUUGUUACAAAGCUAAAGGUGCAAUGAAAAGAGCACUACCAUUCUCCUCAGUUGUUGAACCAUCGGUCAAGAAACCAUCAUCAGAAUAUGAAGAUUCCUAUGAUAAUCCAAUUAGAAAAUAA